AUUAGAAGUGAAAGUGGUCAGUCGCUUGCUAUCAUGUCUUCAGACCUCGUUCCGGCGCUCCCCCCGCCACCGGGGAAGGUAUCCAACUUUGUAAACCCAACAAACUGCGCUGCAAAGUUCAUUGCUGUCAAUGCCGUCUUUCUACCCAUCGCCUUGACUGCGUUGGGUAUUCGUAUAUGGACACGGGCUUUUAUCGCCCGCGGUUUUCGUUGGGACGAUGCGUUGAUGAUAGUCUCAUUUGUCAUGUCAAUCGUUUUGAGCGCUGUGACGCUGGAUAUGCUCAACUGGGGCCUGGCAGUACACAUGUGGGAUGUCCCUACCAGUGAUAUCUCGCCCAUGUUUAUGAAGCUCAACCUCGUUGCCGCCAUCGUCUACUGCGCCGGCACUGGAUUUCUCAAGGUGUCGGUGCUGCUGUUCUAUACGCGCAUUUUUCCGAGUCGCAACUUCCACAUCGCCAUCUGGAUUCUCGUAUUCAUUGCAGCUGGUUACAACAUUGCAAGUGUGCUGGCCAAUGUGUUUAGCUGCAAUCCGAUUGCGAAGAGUUGGGACCUGAGCAUCACUCAUGGGACAUGCAUGAACCGGCCGGUGUUUUACUUUGCCAACGCUGGACUGGGCAUUUUCACCGACUUUGCCACUGUCUUGGUUCCAGUACCAUGGCUGCGAAGACUGCAGAUGCCACUGCGGCAGAAGAUUGCUGUCGGGGCUAUCCUGGCAAUGGGAUGCUUUGUCGGUGUCGUUAGCUGCGUCCGUCUUUCUAGUCUCUACACACUCCAGAACAGCACCGACUUGACAUGGACCACCACCAACGCACUCAUGUGGUGUGUGAUCGAACUCAAUUUAGGAAUCACCGGCGGCUGCGUCACUGUUAUGCGACCGUUUGUGCGCCGCUACUUCCCCCGCCUCCUGGGCCUGUCGUCGAACAGCAGUGGAAAUGGCUAUUCCUCUCGAACAAAGUCGCAUUCUCACCCCCUCCACUCCUUCCCACGCGACGAGCAGCCCGACUUCUCCGGCCACCGGCACAAAUACUCAGCAGCUCUCAAGUCCGGCCCAGACAACUCGAGCGAAGAGCUCAUCCUCGCCGGUACACCACCGGGGAAGGAGCUGGAUGGGAUCAUUCGAACAGUAGAGUUUGACAUCAAGAAGACGGUAGGGCCGUCGUAGCUUGCGCCGGCUCGUCGGUCGAGAUGACGUCGGAUGAUAUUGAUUUAGCGAUUUCUUUCAUACCACAUAUAGUCUUCAGCAAUAAUAGUAAUUAACCCCUCGAACCGCCACGUGCCCGACUGACCCGGCACACUGGAAGCUGCAUCCUUGGCCGGAGGUUUAUCGCAGCCACAACCUCUGCCGAACUGAAAGGGGCAUGAAGAAGACCAGCUCUGCCAAUGACGGAGCGAGGCCUGCGCCCGCACGGUGCCGAGGGUGGAAGCAUCUCCACGGCACUAUUCAAGUGUCGGCGCACUAGCGGCGAACUAGCCCUGAAGAUUUGAGAAAGCAGCGUCUUUGCUCCACCACCUUACAAAUGCAACGGAAC